AUGUCGACGAAGAGAACGACGCAGACGACGAGAACGACGACUCUCGAUGACGAUACGAACGAGAACAACAACAACAGCGAGGGUGAAAAAGAUGAUGAGAAUAACAAUGAUGAUGUUUUGUUCGAAGUGGACGCGAUAAACUUGGAAAUCACGAGGUGCGAGUUAGCGUUGUUGCGACACGAAAGAUAUGGAAAACGACGCGACGAUGAACGAAGAAGACCAAAACAACGACGCUGGAUGAACUCGAACGCGACGGUGUACCGAAAACCAAACGAGCGAGGAGAGAGAGAAGUGGUGCUGGACGAGAAGAAGUGCGCGUUUUCGGACGUACAUCCUGUGAAUAAUAAUGAUAUAAGACGACGACAAAGACCACGCGUUUUGGGGAACGAGAUGACCACCAAAACCAACAGACACUCGCUGGAGGAGAUACUGAGAAAAGCGGUGGAAGAGAAACAAUCGACGUGUACGUUUCGUCCGGAAACGAUCGCGAAAGCAUUCACGGAGGAAGAUGUGGAACGGAGAAAAGCGAGGCGGGAGCGGUUGCUCCAAUCGAGAUUGGAUAUCGUGCGCGCGAGAGAAGCGGCGAAGAGAGAGGCGGAGAAGGCGGCGUUUGAGAAGGAGUGCACGUUUCGACCGAAAAUUUUAGGAAUGAAGAAUAAGAAAGAAGAAGUAAAAGAUACGGAUGAUGUGGUGAGCGUGAGCGAUCGGUUGUAUGUGGAAGCGCGUGUGCGAGAGGAACGUUUACGAGAGCGUCGCGAACGCGCGGAAGAAGAAGUUCAAGAAGAGUUUCGACGCGCUUCAGCGAGGAAAGCGACGAGUUCUGCCUCUUCUCCUUCUCCAGGGAUGCCAAUGCACGAGCGAUUGAAAGAGUUGUCCGAGAAACGAGAACGCGUGAUGCGCGAGGCGGCAAAGAAAGCCGACGAGGCGUUUCGAGAGGCGCACACAUUCAAGCCGUCAAAGAUGCGAAGCACGAGUGAAAGAUUAGCCGCGCUCGCGAAUCGACGAAAGAAAGAGGACGAUACGGGAACGCUGAAACCGAAAGCGACGAGAACAAGCGUUGAUAUCGAAAGCGAGGAAAGAUACGAAAACGGCGGGAAAUUCUUCAUCUCUGCAAACUCGGAAAAAAUUAUGCGCAAAAACAUUCAAAACGGUAAAAUAGGCGAAGGCUUCCUGGAGCGACAAUACGAAUUCGCCUCGAGAAUUCGCGCGAAGCGAGCGGAUAAAAAUGCGUUAGACGAACAACUGUUUGAAAACGAAUGCACGUUUUCUCCAAAGAUACACUCGUCGUCGACAUCGUCAGAGAAAUACCACCAACACUACUACGAGACGCAAAGUGAACGCGCCCGCCGACUGGCGAUUACCGAGGCGCAAAACAUGCACGAACGCGCUGAAAAUAUGCGCCGAGAACGCGACGAACAAUUCACGUUCGUACCAACAAUAAACAAUAAAUCGAACUUCAUAGCAAACGCGACGAAUCUAGACGAACUCGCGAGUUCCAAAUCUAGAGAUUUGGAGAGAGAAGCCUCAAAGCGAGUACACGAAAUGGAGACGUUGAAGGAGUGCACGUUUAGCCCGCACGUGAACCAGAAAACAGACGACGCGGAUUUUCUUCUCGCCGUGAGUAAGAAAUCCGGCAGUUACGGUAAAUACGACGCAGAUACAAUCACGAACCGAGUGAAAUCAGAAAAAGAAACGCGCGAGUAUUACUUGGAACGAGCCAGACGCGAACACGCGUUUGAAGAGCGCAAGACGUGCACGUUUUCACCACAGAUCAAAGCCGAAAUCGGCAUUACGAAUCCACACGUCCCCGCGGAAGAGAUCGUCAAAGGCAUCGAUAAGUAUUACGAUAACGUCGAAAAAGCGACGAAAAUGAAAGCUGAGAAAGAGAGCAGGAGGCAAAAAGUCUUCUUAGAAAACGUCUCGCAAAUAGACGUGCGACAUAAAAUCACGAAACCGAAAGAGUUCAACUUUGCUCGAAACCAGACGCAAAGAUUGAGAGAGAAGGCGGAAAAGUUGGAAAGGGAAAAAAUGAAAAGAGAAAUGAAAGAGUGCACGUUCCGACCGAAAAUUAACGAUUAUUAUCGUCCGACGAGAAAGAAGAAUGACUUGGUUGCGGCAACAAUACCUUCUUAA